AUGGACGCCGCGUCGAUUGAGGAGAUCAACAAGGUCCGGCUGCAAAUGGGCAUGAAGCCCUUGCCAGUCCCGGGAGCAGCGCCACCACCUAAACAAGCGACCCCCGAAGCCGAACUAGGCGACGACGGGAAGACAGUCAGCACCCUCGAGUCUCGCGAAGCGGCUUCCUACGAUAACUUCCGAAAAACCCAAGAAGCCGAAGAAGCGAAGAAGAAACGCGAAGCGAAGGCAGCCGCCAUCAAGAAGGCGCGCGAACUGGCGCAGCGCACGGCUGUGGUCGCGGGCAAAGGCUUGGCUGAUGACGAUGAAGAAGUGGACGUCAAGUCAUGGCUGAAGAACCAGAAGAAACGCCAGAAGAAAAUCGAUGCGGCGCGGAAGACGGCGGAGGAGAGUGCUGCAGCUGAGGCCGAAGCUGCGGAGCAUACGGCUGCAGACUUGGCCGGCGUCAAGGUUGCCCAUGACAUGGCCACCUUCCUCGACGGCGACGACCAAGUCCUUACCCUGAAAGAUACGGGAGUGCUGGAGAAUGAGGACGAAGGGGAUGAACUCGAGAACCUCUCACUGCGUGAACAGGAGAAGCUGCGGGAGAGGCUCGAUCUGAAAAAGAAGAAGCCAGUCUACGACCCGAACGACGUCGACGAGACUGGCCAAAUUGGCCUAUUAUCGAAGUAUGACGAGGAGAUAUUCGGGAAGAAGAAGACAGCCUUCACCUUGGACUCGGCCGCGACGACCACCGAACUAGCUGAUAUCCUAGCGGCUCCGGCUCAAAAGAGGAAACAUCAGGUGGUAGACCUCGAUGUACUUGAAGAUGCUCCGGCUCCCACAUCGGAUUACCUCGACUUGUCGGAAGUCAAGGUUAAGAAGCCCAAAAAGAAGAAGUCAAAAUCAACACGGCGAAGGCGGGACGAUGAUGACGAUGCGUUAUUCCCCGGCGAUGCGGCGGGCGGCGACGAGCCUAUGGAAGAAAUGGACGUUGACUCGGGCGCUGCCGCCUUCACCAAGAAGCGAAAGGUAGUGGAUGACAGUUUCGUGGAUGACGAGGACCUGCAGGCAACUCUGGCGCUUCAAAGACGGGAGGCACUGAAGAAGCGAAAGAAGACGCGACCGGAGGAUAUCGCAAGACAAGUUCGCGAAGCAACCGAGAAUCCCGAAGGCGAGGCCCAAGAGGACAAGGGCAUCGUCAUGGACGAGAUCAGUCGAUUCGUCGACGGCCUGCGUCAUGAACCAGAGGAAGACCGCAAGCCGCGCAAACCCAAGCCCGAACCAGGCGUCACAGCCAUGCAACAAGACGAAUCCUCGGAAGACGAGGAAAUGCACGACGUCGACCAACCCCGCGCCGCCUCACGCGAAGCCACACCCGAGGUCCCGACCACCGGCGUCGAAGAAGAAAAAACGGUCGGCCAGGGCAUGGGCGCAACCCUCUCGCUACUUCGCGACCGGCAGCUCAUCGAAGAGGGCAAGGGCGCCGAGGUCAACGACAAGUUCCGGCAGCGGCAGCGCUUCCUCAACGAGAUGCACCGGCGCAUGGAGCUGUUCGACCAGGACACGCGCGCGCAGCGCGAGCGCGACCGCACCAGCGGCCGGCUCGACCGCAUGUCGGCGCGCGAGAAGGAGGACUGGCAGCGGCAGCAGAACACGAUGCGCGACCAGCACCAGUCGCGCGUCAUCGACCAGCUCUUCCGCGAAGGGUACCGCCCGGACGUCGAGCUCAAGUACGUCGACGGCGACGGCCGCAGCCUCGACGCCAAGGAGGCCUUCAAGGAGCUGUCCCACCAGUUCCACGGCAAGGGGUCCGGCAAGGGCAAGACGGACAAGCGGCUGAAGAAGCUGGCCGAGGAGAAGAGGCGCAUGACCCAGAGCAUGCUGGACGCCAGCCAGAAUGUGGGCAUGAGCUCGGCGGCGUCGCAUCAGACUAAGAAGAGGAGGGAGGCGGGCGUGCGGUUGGCUUAG